AUGCGCGUGUCCGCCACCACUCUCCUCGCCCUGCCGCUUCUCGCGGCCGCGGCUGAGUCGCCCUUCGAGCAGUACAAGGCCCAGUUCCAGAACUUCCUCAGCUCCUUUGGCGCGUCUGCGCCCAGCGCGAGCACACCGGAGAACCCCAAGGCUGCCACGCCUGAGGUCGCCGAGAAGAAGCUGUCCGUUCUGACUGUCGACAACUGGAAGGAGACCCUCUACGAGCCUGUAAAGGCCGACGCCACGACACCUGAGGAAUGGUGGGUUCUGAUCACUGGUCGCAACAAGACCUGCUUCGGUCACUGCGAUAAGAUCGAGACUGCCUUCAACGAGACCGCGGCCAAGUUCGCUCAGCUCCCCGAGUCCCCCCACAUGGGUCUGCUCAACUGCGACGACCAGCCUGUCCUCUGCAACGCCUGGUCCGCUGGCACUGCCUCUGUCUGGUCCAUCAACAUGCUGCCUCCCGGAUCCAAGGUCGACAUCUGGAGGAAGCGUCUCAACGUCACAACCACCACCUCGGACGACAUUGUUGAUCUGUGGAAGAAGGGAACCAAGGAGGAUUGGAUUCUGACUGAGAACAUCUUCCACCCCUUCAACAGCUGGGUUGCCGAGAACAACCUGUCUAUCCCCGUCGGCUACUUCUUCUGGGCCUUCAACCUCGUCCCGAACUGGCUCUUCAUGCUCCUCGUCUCCUUCGGUAGCCGUACCCUCAUGAACCGUCGCAUGAACAACACAAUGAACAACCGCGAGAACGCCGGCGCCGCUGCCCCCGCUGCAGGUGCCGCCAGGUAA